UUGAUGACAGGGUCAACAAUAUGGCGCUGUCCAUAGUGAACAACGUCUUGCACUUGUGUUGGUGUCGUUAAAUGCUUUACACGUUUUCUAGCCAAUGUAAAUGAGUGUGAAGCAGAGCGGGAUAUAACAUUAUUGUCUCAACUCUAUCGUGAUCAUCAGUUGACGUGUCAGAGACAUCUGUUGAUGCCUAAACUGCAGCAAUGUCUGGGUCAAAUGUUUGGAGUCGUAGUCGUGAGAAAUUAAGACGUUUCCCUGAACUCUUUGCCCAGUGCUCAGCAGAGGCAGCUGCAUACGGGAAGUGUGUGGCAGCUACAACAACAAGCAAACAGGAGCUAAAGAAAGACCUCUGUGCCAAGGAGUUUGAAGCACUGAAGACAUGUUUCAUGAAUGCAGCCAAGAAGAAAGUCAAAUGAGUGGAAAUCAUGUCAGCUUUAUUGGAGCUGCACAGCUGGACACAGUGGAAGAAGGAAGAGGUGUGGACUCACUGAAGACUGUGACAUUACCUGCCCUGUCCUGUUGGACAAUUAAAAUGAACUGCUUACCUUUGGAGACACUUCCUUUUGUGAAGUGGUUGACAGGGAAUCAUGAUUUACUUCUUUAUUCCUACAUUUCUGGAAGGUGAAUAAAGCAUUGUUAAGUUA